AUGCAGAGAAAAUGGUUUCUCUACGAUAGUGAUAAUGGUGCAUAUGAACGUAUGAGACUCCCGAGAGAAAUUCGAUAUUUUGUCCCGAUGACUAAGGCCGCAUUGUUCAAUGCAAUACAACAAGCUGGCGGAAAAAACACAGUUUGCAUUUACACUAGUGCCAAAACUAGUUUGGAAGACGUACAACAAAUAGCUAGCUGUUGUGAAGUGCACUCAAUAUACGUGUGGGGUAUUCCUGAAGAUGUGAUGCGUUUGCAAUCACUUGGCAACGGAAAAGUAUUUAGUCGUGAAACGGCAAAUGAUCGAAUAGAGAUUGAGUUAAAUGAAACCGAACAAAAGCGAUUGAAAAAUGAACUAAUGAUGCUCAACUUUUUUCAACUACCACCAUCCACUCGAGGUAUACCACCACAAGAAAAUUAG